CUCGAGUCGCAUCCGCGAUCCAACAUUCGGUUGCGAUGAGCUCAAAGCAGCAAAAACCGCUUCACUCCUUUUUUACAAAAAAGUCAAGCAGUGACCAAAGGUUUCUUAGCAGAGCUUUGCCCAGAGGAUCACACUGCAUCUGCAAGGUUGCCUUCUUAUCAUAGUGCACCCUGGUGCCAUCUCGUACCCAGGAAAGCGAUGCACGUGCACUCAGCCAUCCACCUGCUGAUGACUUCAUUUAGCUGGAAUAGGAAGAUCGGGGAGAAGGUUUCUAAGGCAGCAGUGCAGCAGUUCGAGUCACAGUCGGUAAAGGUGGAGGAUCACGUGGAGCUGGAAGAAGUUGAUUGGCUGCAUGCAAUCAAACGCAGGCGAGAGAUACUGCUGGAUGACUGUACUACCAAGAGUAAGAGACUAAAGGAUGAGGGAGAACAGCUGGCUGAGCAAAGCAGACAUUGGGAAGCAGUGAGGAAAUGGGAUGAGGCCAUUCAGCUGACUCCAGAAGAAGCUGUCCUAUAUGAGAUGAAAUCACAGGUGCUGACCAUUCUUCAGGAGGUCUUUCCUGCAGUGCAGUCAGCAGAGAUGGCAGUCAAACUUCGCCCUACGUGGUGGGAGGCAUGGCAGACUUUAGGCCGUGCCCAAUUAAACCUGGGUGAGAUAGAGCUGGCUAUACGCUCUUUCCAGGUGGCACUGCACCUGCACCCAAUAGAGCGCAUGCUGUGGGAGGAAGAUUUAAGAUGGGCUCUGCAUCUGCGGGAAGAGAAACGUGCUGUGCAGCAGGAAACCGCACAACAUCUUAGUGAGGAAAUCCCAGAGCUGCAACAAGAUUAUGAAGACUUUGAGAGUGAUGAGGUCAUAGCUGCAUGCACAGCCAUAGCAGAGCGGCAGAAAAGAGGUGAAGAGUUCAAGAAGAAUGUUAUUGUGGAUGUAAAAAGUGUUGCCAAUGAAAGUGAGGUCAGGAAAUCUGACUCAAAUGCUUUGGUUAAAGCAAAAAUCAUAUGAGGUCACAUUAAAUUAUGUUUAAUAUUUUGAGAAUGAUGCACUUUAUCUUGGGAGUAAAUGAGUGUACAGACUGGAUCAAUAGUCUGAAAGGUCUGUGACUUGGAGCUCAGUUAAACAGCUCAUAUUCACAAAGCUGUCCCUAAAAACAUGUCAUGUUUGGUUCACUUCCUGUAAUUUUGCUAUUUGCUAAUAACUUUGCUACUGCGUCUUGGACUAUUUUAGCUCGCACCUCGGUGCAAUUGCUACGCUCUCACCUGCUCAAAUGAACUAUAUCAUGUGGAAAAAUGCAGCAGGGUUCAAUUUAAACAAACUAAAUACUGCAUUGCUAACAUCAGCUCUUCUUACCUUUAUUAGGCAUGUUUAUUAUACACGCACACACACACACACACACACACACACACACACACACACACACACACACACACACACACACAUUUAGUCUUUAUCUCACAGAGGAUCAUUUGUAUCAUAAAACCAAAAAAUAAAACAAAAAAUGGAUAGACAAAAUUACUUUUAGAAUUUCACUGUUUCACUGAUCAGAAUAAUUUUAUCUCAAAAUCCCUAAUAAAAACUAAAUAUUGUAAUGAUGAAACAUGCUAGCUAAAUUAGUCAUUGAACUGUGUAGAUUAGGUAGCUACUGUACCUGCACUGCUAGCAUUAACUAAAUCUAUCAGCUGGCUGACACUUGUCUUGGCAGGUGUUUUACACAACUUGAUUAUAAACCUUAGUUUUAAUUAGGUCAUAACUAAUGCUGUGUUUGAAACUAGACGUAUUUUACAUUGAUCAGGCAUAACAUUAUGACAUUAUAACAUUAUGACCUGUCUGUGAAUAACACUGAUUAUCUCCAUCAUGGCACCUAGUUAGUAAGUGGGAAAUAUUAGGCGGCAAGUGAACAUUUUGUCCUCAAAGUUGAUGUGUUAGAAGCAGGAAAAAUGGGCAGUCAUAAGGAUUUGAGCGAAUUUGACAAGGGACAAAUUGUGAUGGCUGGACGACUGGGACAGGGCAUCUCCAAAACUGCGGCUCUUGUGGGAUGUUCCCGCUCUGCAGUGGUCAGUAUGUAAUGUAUCAAAAGUAGUUCAAGGAAGGAACAGUGAUGAACCGGCUAUAUGUAUACUGGAUAAGAAAAUAUGGUAACAGGCUAUGUGUGGCAGUUAUAUGUUCACAUGACUGACAUACAUUUGGUGUUGCAUACCAUGUUGAAUUGAUUUUUCAAACAAUUAAUAGCUCAGAAUGUAAAUGUUUGGUUCAAGAUCUUGGUUUCACAUGUGAAGACCUUAUUUGUUGUUAAACUGAAAUGUAAACCAGAUUGUUGUCCCUGGGAGAAAAAAAAUGCCAAUUCUUUUAAAAUCAUGGCACAAGCUUUGGGUAUAGCCAACAAUUUAAAAUGUCUUGGAAUAAAAAAAAAAAAUUCGGUCUACUUACAACCAAACAUUGAACAAGUUGGGCAAAAAAAUCACUGCAGUUGAUAACAAAAACAUUGUGAAAAUGUUAGAAAAUAACCCAAAAACAGGUAAAAAUAUUACAAUCCACAAGAAUAUUUCAAGUAUUGUGAGUAAUAUGAAUAGGCCAUGCCACAAUAUGCAUCCUAGUUUGGAACACAAAGUAAUACAUAGAUACAUACAACAAAAGUUUUAGCAAAAGUGUGGAGAAAGAAAUGAUCUGUUUAUAAUGCAAACUUAUAAGCACAUGGAGAUUUCAGGGAAUUUGAAAGAGAAAAAAAUGUCUAUCAUUUUGAUAAUAACUCCUGACUUGCUUUUACUUUGUGUUGCUGCCAUGUUAUUGCCUGAUAAAAUAAAUGCAUUAAUGUGCAGGAAAGUGUGAAUGUGACAUGAUCAAAAUAAACAAAAUAAGCAAUACAAGCUAAUGUGCAUUUCUACAUCUGUGCUUGUAUUGAAUGGAUAUCUUAUAUAAUGGAUAUAAUCAUAAUCCCAUUUUUCUCCAAAGCUUGUGCCAUGACUAUGAACUGAUGUGAAGUGAAUGGAAGAGAACAACCAAUCAAUCAAUAAACUAAAAAUGCAUUUAAACGAAA